AUGAAGCCGUCUUUAAUCUACACCACCUUCCUCCUCUUCUUUCUCCCCUCACCUUCCGAUCGCCUGGUAUCGUCAGUCAAGAUCAAGUCAUCGCAAGAAGACGCGUUAUUAUCUCUCAAGGGUGCUUAUAGCGGAUUUACUGGCUCCACGUCGUGGGCGAAAGGCGCCGAUUGCUCGAAAUGGAUCGGCGUCGCGUGCGGUCCCGCGGGAAACGUCCUCAAACUCGCUUUAAACAGCUCCGCGAUAAAGAGCCCUGUCGCGGGAAUACCCUCCAGCUUAUCGGGUCUGUCGCAUCUACAGAUGCUGAGCCUCGCGAAUAACGCCCUGCUCGGCCCGCUCACAACGACUCUCUCUAAGCUGACUCGCUUGCAGCAUCUAGACCUUUCAAGCAACCUCUUCAACAAGAACCCUAACUACAUCUGGAACCUCACGCAGCUGACUUACCUCGACAUUUCCAAUACACUCGUGAGCGGCCCGCUUUCGCCGUCCAUCGGCGCGCUUACCAACCUCAAGGUUCUAAACGUGUCCAAUACCUACCUCUCAGGAGCGAUUCCGGACGAGUUCAGUCGCCUCGCAAGUCUGCAGUUCGGCCAUUUCGACAGAUGCUUCUUCACGGACCUGCCGGCUAUGUUCCCGGAAAUAGACGGCAGCGGGUCUAACCUGACGUUCUCGGCAAGCGUGAACCUGUUAGCCGACAUGCCCAUCACAUUCCCCGCCUCAGGCGCAGGGAUCGUGUCGAUGAACUUGGCGGGAAACCACAUCGCGUCGCUCCCAACGGAAAUCGUGCUGAUGAGCGACCUGACGAGCCUCAACCUCGCUGGGAACGGCAUCGAGGGACAAAUGGCGGACUACGAUUGGCCGAUCCUGGAGAACAUCGAAGGGCUGUUCUUCGGGCGGAAUCUGCUGGCGGGCGAGGUCCCCGUGUCCGUCAGCACACUCACGAAGCUGAAAUACUUCCACUUUGGCGCCAACGCGCUCAACGGUACCUUGCCAGAAGAGCUGGGAAAUCUGUCAGAGCUACUAAGCUUGGACCUAAGCAGUAAUGCGGACCUAGGAGGCUACUUUCCUGUCAGCAUCAACGACCUUCCGAAUCUAACCCGGCUGGUACUCGCAGGAGACAGCUUCACGGGGCCGCUGCCGCAGCCAGCUCUGGGAGCCCUCAGCACGUUCGUUCUGGACGUGCGGAACAACUCGUUCACGGGGUCGCCGAUUAUCCAGGGUGUUUGCCCUGCGGAUUACCCCACGCGGCUGAAGGUGGAUGAGAAUUGCCUGGAUGUGCUGCCCGACUGCGAAACCACCCAGGCCGUGUGCUCCUGA